AUGGAAAGCGAGGUUUUCACCCCGUUGCUGGAGCAGUUUAUGCUCACGCCUCUGGUCUGCUGGGUGAAGACAGCCGGGCAGCCGACAGUGACUGAUGGCAACACAUUAUCGGAAUAUAUUGAAUUAGUGGAUGGGAUUUACCUGAAUGAAAUCAUGCUUGAAAUAAAUCCCAAGGCCACGGUGCAGAGGACGAAUAAGAAAGUGAACAAUGACCCCACACUGCGCAUACAGAACCUUUCAAUUCUCAUCAGGCAGAUUAAAGCCUACUACCAGGAGAAUCUCCAGCAGCUGGUGAUGAUGCCUUUACCAAACGUGUUGGUUCUGGGACGAAACCCUCUCUCUGAACAAGGUCUGGAUGAGAUGAAGAAACUAUUGCUGCUACUGCUAGGCUGUGCUGUUCAGUGUGAGAAGAAGGAAGAGUACAUCGAGCGUAUCCAGACUCUGGACUUUGAAACCAAAGCUGCCAUAGCAUCCCACAUUCAAGAGGUGACUCAUAACCAGGAGAACGUAGUGGACAUGCAGUGGUUUGAAAGUGGAGAAAUGCCUCCUGAGGACUUGGACAGCGUCUCCAGGAACCUGGCUUUUCACCUCAAACGCCUGGUGGAUGAAAGGGACACACAGCUGGAGACUAUAGUGGAGUUAACACAGGAGAGAGACUGUGUGCAGCUGUCUCCAAUGGCUCCCUAUCCAGUUCAGUCUCCCAACGACUCCCCAAGCAUGAGGAGGACCGAAAGCCGGCAGCACCUCUCUGUGGAGUUGGCUGAUGCCAAGGCCAAGAUCAGACGCCUUCGGCAGGAAUUGGAGGAGAAGAGUGAGCACCUUUUAGAUACCAGGCAGGAACUUGAGAACAUGGAGGUGGAGCUCAAGAGGCUUCAGCAAGAGAGCUACCAGCUGCUGUCAGAUGCUCGGUCAGCUCGGGCUUACCGUGAUGAGCUGGAUGCUAUUAGAGAGAAAGCCAUCCGUGUCGACAAACUGGAGAGCGAGCUGAGCCGAUACAAGGACCGACUUCACGGCAUUGAGUUUUACAAGGCCAGAAUCGAGGAGCUGAAGGAGGACAACCAGGUCCUGCUGGAGACUAAGUCCAUGCUGGAGGAGCAGCUGGAUGUGAGCAGGACCCGCUCUGACAAACUGCACCUCCUGGAGAAGGAGAAUCUGCAGCUCAAAUCCAAGAUGCAUGACUUGGAGAUGGAGCGGGACAUGGACCGUAAGCGUAUGGAAGAACUGUUGGAGGAGAACCUGGUGCUAGAGAUGGCCCAGAAACAGAGCAUGGAUGAGUCCCUACACUUAGGCUGGGAGCUGGAACAACUAUCUAAGACACCAGAUACGACCGAAGUCCCUCAGAAGUCUCUGGGUGAGGAGGUGAACGAGCUCACUUCCAGCCGCCUGUUGAAGUUGGAGAAAGACAACCAGACCUUGCUGAAGACAGUGGAAGAGCUCAGAGCAGCAGCCAGUCAGGACGUUGCGACAAAACUGAGCAAAGCCAGCCAGGAAAACCAGAAACUGAACCAGAAAUUGGGGCAGCUGGAGAGUGAACUGACCUCAGACAGAGAGUCACUCCGCAGUGCUGAAUCUCUCAGUACUGACCUGAUGAAAGAGAAGGCUUUACUGGAGAAGACUCUUGAAUCACUCAGAGAAAACUCUGAGAGACAGCUGAAGGGCUUGGAGCAGGAAAACAAACACCUCAGUCAGACUGUGUCGUCCCUGCGUCAGCGCUGCCAGGUGGGAGCCGAGGCUCGGGUCAAGGAUGUGGAGAAAGAGAAUCGUGUUCUCCACGAAUCUAUCUGUGAGACAACUGCCAAACUCAAUAAGAUGGAGUUUGAAAGGAAACAACUACGUAAGGAGCUUGAGGUGAUGAAGGAGAAAGGUGAGAGAGCAGAGGAGUUGGAAAUUCUGAUGCAGAAGCUGGAGAGGGACAACGAGAGUCUGCAGAAGAAAGUUGCCAGUCUAGGAAUCACGUGUGAAAAGGUGUCUUCGUUAGAGAAGGAGAACACUGAUCUGGAGGCAGAGGGCCGUCGUCUGAAGAAGAAGCUGGACAGUCUAAAGAACAUGGCCUUCCAGCUGGAGGCUCUGGAAAAGGAAAAUACUCAGUUGGAGCAGGAGAACCUGGACCUCCGGCGCUCGGCUGAGAGCCUCCGGUCAGCUGGGGCCAAGGCCAUUCAGCUGGAAGUUGAGAACAGGGAGCUGGAAAGUGAAAGGAGCCAGCUGAAGCGCAGCCUGGAGCUCCUCAAGGCUUCCUCCAAGAAAACUGAGAGAUUAGAAGUGAGUUACCAGGGCCUAGAUACAGAGAACCAGCGCUUGCAGAAGGCUUUAGAGAACAGCAGCAAGAAGAUCCAGCAGUUGGAGGCAGAGCUGCAAGAGGUGGAGACUGAGAAUCAAACCCUCCAACGCAACCUGGAAGAGCUCAAGAUCUCCAGUAAACGCCUGGAACAGCUGGAGCAGGAGAACAAGACUUUGGAGCAGGAAAGCUCCCAACUGGAGAAAGACAAGAAGCUUCUGGAGAAGGAGAACAAGCGUCUGAGGCAGCAGACCGAGAUCCGCGACUCCAAGCUGGAGGACAGCAACCAGCGGAUCACCUGCUUGGAGAAAGAGAAUCGGACCAUGGGCAAGGAGAUCUUCAGGGACUCCUGCACCAGAGUCAAAGACUUGGAGAGAGAAAACAAGGAGUUGGUUAAACUGGCCAGCAUUGAUAAGAAGACCCUCAACACACUCAGAGAGGAGCUGGUAAGCGAGAAGCUGCGGACUCAGCAGAUGAAUAACGAUCUGGAGAAACUGACCCACGAGUUGGAGAAGAUUGGACUGACUAAGGAAAGGCUCCUACAUGACGAGGGCUCAGACGACAGGUUUAGGCUCCUGGAAACCAAACUGGAGUCGACUCUGAAGUCCUCUUUGGAGAUUAAGGAGGAGAAGAUCGCCGCCCUAGAGGCCAGGCUGCAGGAGUCCUCUAACCUCAACCAACAACUUCGCCAGGAGCUCAAGACGGUGAAGAAAAACUAUGAGGGGCUGCGUCAGAGGGAGGAGGAGGAGAGGAUGGUGCAGAGCUCGCCCCCUAGAGGAGGGGAAGACCCUCAGGCUGUCAGUAAAUGGGAAAAGGAGAGUCAUGAAGCCACCAGGGAACUGCUGAAAGUCAAAGACAGACUCAUUGAGGUGGAGAGGAAUAAUGCCACGCUCCAAGCUGAGAAGGCAGCCUUGAAGAGCCAGCUCAAACAACUGGAAACUCAGAGCUCCAACCUGCAGGCUCAGAUAGUGGCUGUGCAGAGACAGACUGCCUCCUUACAGGAGAACAAUACAUCCCUACAGACGCAGAACGCCAAACUGCAGGUGGAGAACUCCACCCUUAGCUCUCAGAGUGCAGCCCUCAUGGCCCAGAACGCCCAGCUGCAGACCCAGCAGAGCAGCGUGGAGGGCGAGCGAGAGGGAGCGCUGAAAGAGAAAGAUGAGCUGAGGUCCACCUAUGAGUUGCUCCUCCGUGAUCAUGAGAAGCUGGCGGCACUCCAUGAGAGGCAGGCGGUCGAAUAUGAAGCCCUGAUCGGGAAGCAUGGGGGCCUGAAGAGCUCCCACAAGAGCCUGGAGCAGCAGCACAGGGACCUGGAGGACAAAUACAAGCAGCUUCUGCAGAGGAAGGGCGAGCUGGAGGAGCUGGAGAAAAAUCUGAAGCAGCAGCAGGAAAAAAUGGCAUUGGAGAACGAAACUCAUCAAGCCACAGCUGACCACUGCAAACAGCUCAAAGAGGAAAAUGAUAGACUGAACACUACAUAUCGUCAGCUGGUAAAGGACAAUGACAAUCUCCAGCUGGAUCAUAAAAACAUAAAGAGCCAGCUGAACAGUGCCACGCUGGAGCAGACCAAGCUGGAGGCCGAGUUCUCUAAACUGAAGGAGCAGUACCAGCAGCUGGACAUCACCUCCACCAAGCUGACCAACCAGUGUGAGUUGUUGAGCCAGCUUAAAGGAAACCUGGAGGAGGAGAAUCGACACCUGUUGGACCAGAUCCAGACUCUGAUGCUACAGAACCGUACGCUGCUGGAGCAGACCAUGGAGAGCAAAGACCUCUUCCAUGUAGAACAGAGACAAUACAUAGACAAGCUGAAUGAGCUGAGGAGACAGAAGGAGAAGCUGGAGGAGAAGAUCAUGGACCAGUAUAAGUUCUAUGACCCCUCACCUCCACGCAGGCGUGGCAACUGGAUCACUCUGAAGAUGAAGAAGUUGAUCAAGCCAAAGAGUCGGGAGAGGAUGCGUUCACUCACGCUGACUCCAUCUCGUUCAGAGUUUGGAGACGGAUUCCUGACCUUUCCCCAAGACAGCCAGGACAGUUCUUCUGUAGGCUCUGGCUCCAACUCGCUGGACGACACCCUCAACCAAAAGAAGAGCAGCAUGACAGCUAUAAAAAGGUUGCCUUUCAUGAGGAACAGAUCCAAGGACAAAGACAAGGCCAAGGCCAUCUACCGGCGCUCCAUGUCCAUGAACGACCUGUUGCAGACCAUGGCGGUGGUGGGGGGUCCCGGGGCUCAGUGGGCGGGCAGCAUUGAGAACCUAGACGGCGCUGAGGGCGGAGAUGCCAGGAUGACAGGUGGCAGCAGGCACGGUGGGCAGCGCAUGAAGGAGCUCGCCUUGUCCACAAAUGCAAUCGACUGUGCCGCCCUCACCCUGCCCACUGCAAGGCACAGCAGGGCCAAGCUUCGGCUUCAGGUCAAAGAAAAUGUGUCCUGUGAAGAUGUUGCCGGCUCAUUAGAUGACCCCAAAUGUCAAGCCUCGAGACCUACCAGUCUCCAUAGCAACAGGACCACCAGUAGUAAUAGUAACAAUAACUCCCACCUCACUUCUCCUCUGGAGGGCAAAGGCACAUUGAACGGCAGUCUCAGCAGGCCUCACAGUGAGAGCAGCGGAGAGUUCAGCCUGAGUUUGGACCAGGAGGUGUGGUCCAGCAGCGGCAGCAGCCCCGUCCAGCAGCCCACCUCCUCACGCUCCUCCCAUCAGAGCCCCCUGCAGCUGCGCAGGUCCCUCGAACCGUCCACCGCCGCAGGCGGCCCCGGCCAGACCCAGAUCAGGAAGACAGAAUCCCUGGGCAACGAGGUGCUGUCCCUGCAGCAGUUUCUGGAUGAGGGUAUUGAUCCUGCAGAGUCCGGCAGUCAGGAGAACCUCACAGUAGACUCUCCUCGCCUCUCCACUUCUUCUGAGCAUGUGCAGAAAGAACGCACUUCCACGAGGGGGCGGGGCAUAUUACGCUCAGCCAGUGGGAAAGCAACGUCGGUAUCUGAUCGGCCCCCGAGAUCUUCAGGACAACCAGGGCGCCCCACCCUGCGGAAGGCCGAGAGCACCCGUGUGAAAGGCUCCGUCCCGAUGCGCUCUAGCCUGUCCUCGCAGGGCAAAGCCACAUCUGUCUGUGAACGCCUGGACUCAGCUUCCUCUACACUGCCCCGGGCCAGCAGCGUCAUCUCCACCGCAGAGGGUACCACACGGCGCACCAGCAUCCACGACCUGCUGUCGAAGGACAACCGGCAGCCCGUGUCCGUCGACGCCUCUCCUCCCGUCGCGGCCACCAAGGCUGCACCCAGUGAGUACCACCCCAACAGCACCAACCUAAAGGGACCCCUUACCACCACCAUCCCCAUGCCCAAGUCACUCAGCUUACCUUGCCAUAGCUUGGAGGACCCCGAGCUCUCCACCCUCGAGUCUUUCCUUGGCCCCUCCUUCACUGUAGAGUCGGUGUUCAUGGACUCCAUCUUUAGUGAGUCAGCGGGCAAAAACCUCCCCUUCCUGUCUCUUAACCCCACCCUUGUCAGCAACAUCAGUGGGCCCCCAGUUACAAAUAAAGCACACCCUCCUCCGACCCCAAACCACAUUUCCAACCAAAACCAGACCCCUCACGGCCAAUCAAACGGCCAGACGAGAUCCAGCCCCGCCUGUGUGAAAGAGUAUAACGAGGGCGAUGAACCCAACUGUGUGAAUAAUUCGGACCAGUCUCUCAACCCAGAGGACAACCAGUCCCUGUGGUACGAGUACGGGUGUGUGUGA